AAAAAACAAUAUUGUUAUGCCGAUUGUCAAGGGAGGCGGUUAGGUUACCACUCCAAUUUUACCGAUCCGCUGAUUGAGCACAGACCAGCUGUUUGUAGUCGGCAGUUACUACAACCUGUGGUUAGCGGCAAGAGGCUGAGAACAUUGAAAGAACGUGCGGGAGCGUUAAUAUAUGUGUGUAUUAAUUUCAGGUUUUGUGCAUAAAUGUGUGUGGGUUUGUGCUCGCGUGCUGUUUAUUAAGCAAUUUAUUAUUUCGUUUUAAAAUGUACAGUGUGCGCCACAUCACGAAAAUCCAAAAAUAAAAGUAGAACCUAAAAUACGACAAUAAAAUUACUUAACCAGUGGCUGAAAACGCUGUGAUUUACAAUUUGGUAAUAACAUUUAACAAACCGUCUCUGACUAAAUCAAUUAAAAGCAAGAUGGUCAAUUUAAAGGCGGUGCUAGGCAUGCUGUUCGUCUUCAUUGGCUGCUGCAGCAAUGUGGUCUUUCUGGAACUGAUCAUACAAAUUGAUCCUGGUGCCGGCAACCUUAUAACCUUUUCGCAAUUUCUAUUCAUAGCGCUGGAGGGGCUAAUUUUUACAUCAAAGUUCUUUACGGUGCGCCCGAACAUCAAACUCCGGGACUAUGUGGUGCUGGUGGUGUUGUUCUUUGGGGCCAACGUCUGUAACAACUAUGCGUUUAACUUCAACAUACCUAUGCCGCUGCACAUGAUCUUUCGAUCUGGCUCGCUGAUGGCGAACAUGAUAAUGGGCAUUAUAUUGCUAAAGAAGCGAUACAAUCUACGCCAAUAUAGUUCGGUGGCCAUGAUAACGGCGGGGAUUAUAUUGUGCACUCUAGUGUCCAGUGGCGAUGUAAAGGAUAACACGCACCCCACACUGAAGGUGGAUACAUCAUUCUCGGACUUCUUCUGGUGGGGCGUCGGCAUUGCACUGCUGACAGUUGCGCUGCUCGUGACUGCCUACAUGGGCAUUUAUCAGGAGGUUAUUUACAAACGCUACGGCAAGCAUCCUCAAGAGGCUCUUUUCUUCACUCAUAUGCUGCCUCUUCCCGGAUUCUUGAUCAUGUACAACAACAUUGUUCAACAUCUGGGAAUCGCCGUGUCCUCGGAAGCUGUAGCGGUGCCCGUAUUGGGCGCCCUCGGUCUUAACUUAAAGUUCCCGCUGAUGCUCUUCUAUUUGGUGUGCAAUGUGGUCACACAGUAUGUGUGCAUCAGUGCCGUCUACGUCCUGACCACGGAGUGUGCCUCAUUGACAGUCACUCUGGUCGUUACGCUACGCAAGUUUGUUUCCCUGCUCUUCUCCAUUAUCUAUUUCCGCAACCCAUUUACCAUCAAUCACUGGAUUGGUACUGUGCUCGUCUUCUUCGGCACCAUACUAUUUGCCAAUGUGCUGGCGCAGCUGAAAGAUGUGUAUGAAGCGCGCUUUGCCCGACGCUUCAACACUGCGCCCCAACCGAUUAAAACCGAUUAAGCCUGUGAACGGAUAGAUGAUAAACGAAGGAUCCGACCUGUUUGUUACAGCCAUUUUUCAAAUCUGCGUAUAAGCCGCAUAGCUUAAUUAAUUUAGCUUUGAUAAAGCUGUUGCAAAUCAAAUUUUAGAGGCCAUUUUGACAAAGUUUUUUAUGCAUGCAUUUUGUAUACGUUUUAGUUAAUUUGUUGUAAUUGUACAUAUUGUAAAUAGUUAAGCGAAAAAUGUCCCAUACAUAUACAUAUGCCAUCAAUAUGGUGGUCCCAAGGUCACAAAUCAAUCGUUUUUUAAUGAACACCCAAAACCAAAGCAAACCUUGAAAACCAUUUCAAGUCGCCAUGGUACAUUUUAAUAACCAUUGACGAUUUCGCAAUCAGAUAAAAAUCCUUUUAAUAUAUAAGAUGCAAAGAAUUAAUUUUCUAAAAAUAUUUGAUACGUGUAGGUAGCAUUGUAGAUAGCGUACAAAUGCAAGGUAGUAAAAUAAAAAUUGUUAAGUGCAUGCCAGAGAAACUGAAUAAAUCAGCCCUAUUAAUAGUUUCAAUGUAAUAUACUAAGAAUGCAAAUGUUUAGUAUAAAACGAAUUUGAGGAGGAGCUGUGUUUUCAAAAAAAAAAAUGUGACUAAAAUAAAAAUUAAGCAGAGCUUACAAAA